AUGCUUGCGCUGGCACUACCAAUGAAGACAAUUCAUGCCAUAAAUAAGAUUAUACGUGGGUUCUUGUGGUGUGGCAAAAAGGAAGCUAAUGGGGGAAACUGCUCGGUGGCCUGGACUACAGUCUGUACGCCCAAGUGGGCGGGCGGGCUAGGCAUCCCUGACCUGGCUUGGCUCAAUGUCGCUUUGCAAGCCAGAUGGCCUUGGCUGCAGAGAGUGGAUCAAAACAGACCAUGGAGCGAGUUUGACAUCAAAGUACCCAAGGAUUCGACCGCACUCUGCAAUGCUGCAACUAAGAUAACAGAAGGAGACAGAGGCCUGACUCUCUUCUGGGAAGAUCGCUGGAUGGAUGGAUAUCGCAUUGCAGAAUUUGCACCGCUGAUUUAUGCGGCAGUCCCCCCGCUCAAAAGAAGAACGAGAACCCUUAAAGAGGCCAUCACUACUGGAGUCUGGGCAUCCGAUAUCAAGCCAGAUUUAGGCCCGCAGGCCCUUUGGCAGUACCUGAACCUGUGGCCGAGAGUUCAGGAGGUUACACUGCAGGACGACGUGCAGGAUGUGGUGUCCUGGUGUUGGGAACCCGGAGGCAGGUACUCUGCCCGGUCUGCCUAUGCAGCGAAGUUCGCUGGCAGAGAGGUGUCAGCUACGUCGCAGUUUACGUGGAAGUCCAGAGCGCCGCUGCGCUACCGCUUCUUCCUAUGGCUUGCCAUGAAGAAUAGACACUCUGGAGAACUAUAUGCACCACAAUAG